GCCAUAUAAUAAAGACGGCUUUGAGAAUGAGAUAACUGAUAACCUCGACAAAAUCCUUAUUGUAAGCAAAAACCCUAGUAACAAGAAUAAUGAACAUGCAAUUGUAAUGUAUUAUUCAUUCGAAUUAGCUGAAGAAAGGAAAAGAAGAAAUAAGUAUAUGAAGGAAAGCGAAAAUGAGUCUGAUGAAGAGAAGUCUAAAGAAGAAGAGUCCGAAGAAGAAAAUAAUGGAAAUAUUAAAUUGAUAGAGAAAGGAAAUAAAGAAGAGAUAAUUGAAGACGAAAGUGUUGAGGUUGAAUUGAUAGAAGAUAAUGAAGAGUUAGUUGAAGAUGAAAGUGAUAAAGUAGAAGAAGAAAGUGACGAGGUGUAUAGAAGAUUUAAAUCUGAUAUUACUCUAACUGAUAACAAACUAAAAGCUGCAAAACUGUAUAAAGAGUUUCUCCUAUUAGAAAAAGGGCUACUGGUUAUAGCACUAUUUUUUGAUGAUAAUGCACAACAAUUUGAUUCUUCGGUGAUUAAUGGAGCACUUAGUAUGGAUCUAUAUCAAGAAAAACAAGAGCCUGCUGUAUUAAUUCUAGCAGAAUUUGAUAAUAGUAAUUUACGAGAUCAAAUUAAUUUGUUGUGA